AAAAAUUAAAUAAAGAAAUUAUGAAUAGAAUCUCUAAUGGAUUGAUUGGACUUGCCCUUAAAAAUUAGGCUUGUUUCAGCACAGCAAAGAAAGCAAAGAUGGAGUUGACAAUUAGAACUCCAUAUAGAACAAUAUUAGAUAAAUUUGAAGGAUUUUCAAGAAUAGUGGCUAAAACAAAUGAAGUAUUAAAUACUAUGUUUAUAAAUUAAUAAGGCAGCUUUAAUUAUUCAAAAUAGAACUCCAGCAGCUGUAUACAUUUUACCUCCAGGUCCUUUGAAAAUUAAAUUCACUUAAGAUGUAAAAGGAGUGACUGGUGACUUUUUACAUUUAGGUGGCUAUGUGUUUGUUAAUCCGUAUCAAAUUUAUAUUUAAUUUAGAGACAAUACUUGCGAAAUCAAUUUAAUGGAUGUAGUUGAUAGAAAAGAAGCAAAAGUAGAUUAAUUUGAUAAGGCUGAUGUUAAAGAUGCUGAUACUGUUGCUGGAAGAUAUGCAGGAAAAAUUAGAAGAGCCGCAUAACGUACAUUUAUUAAAAAAGCAACAGCAUGAUGAUUAUUACAUAAAAAAUAAAUAAAUAGAUAUACA